AUGAUCCACUCCCUCCCCGCCCCCUUCCCCCAGCAGCCCCUCUAUCCCCAGCUCCCACUCGCCCACUCCGCCUCGAACCCUGCCUACCACCAGUAUCCUGCUGCCCCCGGACAGAGUGCAGCUGUGCAACAGUACUCCGGAGCACAGGCGUAUGGCCCAGGUGCUGUCUCGCAGCCGUAUGCCCCGCAGCCUGCUGUUCAGUCGUGGGCCCGACCCCAGGCGACUUAUAACCAGCCUCCCCAGCUACUCGAGACCGCAUCCAAAGACGAAGAUCCCGUGUACGGGCCUCUGGGACGAGCGAGAGGAAAAAUCACGCGAGGCCUGCGUGGCGACGAAGAGAUCAGUCCGGAUCUAGUCGCGAAGCUCUCGACUUCAGGAACUGUGCAAGAUCCUUAUGCUCCCCCGAUAAGUGCCUCUCCAGCGUUCAGGUGCUGCAAUGUCACCAAGCGGACACCUCUUCCUGAUGCCUUGCAUCAAGAGCUCAAUUACAAACACCUUACUGCCAAGAUGGGACUGUUUGAGGAUAUUGAGAGAGCCUGGUUCACGGUCGACAACAAGCUCUUUUUGUGGGACUAUGGAGAUGGACGUGAUUUCAGCCGAUAUGACGAGCAAGCAGAUACCAUCCAGGCUGUUGGUCUGGUAAAAGCAAGAAAAGACGUCUUCGUCGAUGACAUAACUCAUGUCCUUGUCAUCUGCACGGCGACCAAGGCCACGCUUCUCGGUCUCUCUCGCUCCCUUCAAAGUCGUGAAAUUUCGCUUUACCAUACCAACCUUACUGCCGAGACGCCCACUAUUAUGAUUGAUAUAAAAGGCACCGACGAAGGCAGAAUUUUCGUCCUGGGCGCCAACAAGGACUUGUACGAGCUCGACUAUGCUGCCGAUAGCUCAUGGCUAUUUGGAAGUUCCACGUCUGUGAGACUGAAAAACAAGACAGGGGGAGGCGUCAGUCACUGGGUGCCGAGUCUUGUGACUUCAAAGGUCAAGGAUGGCAUCGAGUCGUUCACAGUCGACCCCCGGCAAAAUCGCGUUUUCGCCCUCCAUACAGCCGGAGAAGUCGACUUCUACGAUGUUUCGUCAGGACGCUUCGACCUGCGGUCCAGGUACAGUAGACUCAAGCAUGACUUCAAACUGCAUGCCCAGGGUCCCAAUACGUCUGGCCCAGGACCUGCUAUCGUCAGCAUCUCUGCUAUUACUGGGACAGAAUCUAGCCGUGUUUGUCUGGUGGCUGUUGCGUCCACGGGCGCUCGAGCGUACUUUAGCAGCCAGCCCUUCAGCCCCUUCCCCAUUCGCGCCGCGCCUCCUCUUCACCCGGGCCUUCCUGUUUCUGAACAAUCCAUAUAUUCCUCCGGCACUUAUAUUGCUGCUCAGUAUGAUGCCAACGCCCCCCUGAGCCAGACCUAUCUCACUUUCACUGUCCCCCAAUCUGGCCGGCAAUCCGCUUGGCGGGAAAAUCACGAGCUGUCAGAGCCCGCUGUUUUCCAGGAAUGGACUGUGACAGAGACUAUCCCCAGCCAGGUCUGGUCGGUUGUGGAGUUGGCGGGCAAUGAUCCUCGAAACUCAGCACCCAGUUUGCGAACGCCUGAAGGUGUCGCUUUCAGUGCGCUACCCAGACAAGCAGAGUCGGGCCCUCGAGGAUACCUCAUUCUGGCUACCAGUGGUCUUUUCUGGGUUGAGCAGCCCAGACCUGUCGACAUGCUGAGGGCCGAUUUGGAGGCCGAGAGAGAUGUAGCCAUCAACACCGUGCGGACAGUAUUCGGCAAGACUCAGCUCUCAGCCAUGGCACUGCUGCUGGGAUCGACUCCUGACCACAAGCACCCCGAUAUUCUUUCGUCCAUCUCAACGAUCCUGCUGACAUCUGGAGAUCCAAUUGUCAAGGACACCACUGGCGGCAAGGCCAUCAUCUAUUCUGCCCGCCACGAUGGACUGGCAUUGUCGAUCGCUCGAUACCUGAGGCCCAUCUGGGGCAGCAAGGUGACAUUGCCUCUUGUCGGCGGUAGGCAGGUGCUGGGCGUGCAGGAGACGGUAUUGAGCAGUGUACAAGCCAAUCUACAGAGGCUGAGAGAAUAUAUGGAAGAGUCUGUGUUCCUCUUUUUUGUCUUCCAUCCCUUCCAACGGUAUCAGGUUGAUGGUGAGGCCAAACUUGCUUGGGACCAGGAGGAGCUUUCUUUCCAUGGUUUGAACGUGUUGCUCAAGCAAGCUGUGGAAGCUAUAUCUUUCUUACUUUUGCUCCAAGACUACAAGAUCUCUGAUAUCAUUGCCAAAUGUGACGGUCCCACACAGAUUGCCUUGUCAGGCUUGACGUUCGAAUCUCUCAUCGCAAGCUUGGAGGGACGCGACGUCGCCCGAAAACUUGUCACAUCUUUGAUCGAACAACAGAUCGGCCAGGAGCUUGGCAUCGACACCCUGAGUGAAAUACUCCAGCAGCGUUGUGGUUCCUUUAUUCAGCCCGGCGACGUGGUCCAGUACAAAGCAGAGGAGUCAAUGCGUCGUGCUGAGAGUUCCCGAGACCCUCAAGAGGUUGCCGACAGUCUCGCAGAGUCUUUAAGGCUAUUCACCAGAGCCGCGAGCAGUAUCCCUAUACCUCGUUUACAAGAAGUGGCUUCAAGGUACAGGGCCAUCAAUUUCACUCUCGGUGCCAUUGACCUUGCUCUUUGCACCGCUACUGAGCUCGACUCUCAAAACAAGGCUCAAGAUUUUGUACGUGACGGGGAACAUCCCAAUGACCCCAGAAAAGCUUUCUUCGACGCUCGACAAGAAUGCUAUGCGGAAAUCAUCAAAGCUCUACAGGCCGUCGAUGAGCGCCUGGACCAGGCUGUCGCUGCUGGCGAUCCUGCGGGAGCCACUCAAAACCGAAACGAUGCCUACGCUCGAGCCAUUGCGUCUGACGAUGAGCUGUUCCAUUUCUACCUGUAUGAUUGGCACGUUGAGCGCGGGCUUCAGGAACAGUUGCUGGAGUUUGAUACACCUUACAUUGAGAAAUAUUUGAAGAUUACCAUUAGCAAUGUGGCGGACCGACGAGACCUCUUGUGGAAGUUCUAUGCUAGGAGAGAACAAUACUUGCCCGCUGCGGAAGCUCUUUCGGAACUUGCCACCCGCUCAAAUACCAUGACGCUACAUGACCGUCUCUACUACCUCGCCCAGGCGCUUACAUCUGCAAAAUCCGCUGCCUCUCUAGGGUACGAAGAUGUCGAGUUCACGAGUAGACUUCAGGAGCAAAUCGAUGUUGCUCAGGUCCAAACUGAGGUUUUGCGAUCGGUUGAAACCCACCCGGAAAUGUCAAGUGAAGAGAAGCGCGACGUGUUGACCGUUUUGAACGAAGGACUGCUUCAACUGGACGAGUUGUACCAGAAUUAUGCUCGACCCCUCAGACUAUAUGAGGCUAUCCUUUUGAUCCUCAAAACCGCCGAUACUCGCGUAGAUGAUGUUUGCGAUGCUGUAUGGAGACAAUUGCUCAGUAAUGCAGGCGCCGCUGGUGGAUCAGCUGGCGUCGGUGAGGUUAUCAAGAGUCUGGGUAGGAGGUUCUUCCCGAGUGAAGCAGCUCCUCUCGAUAUCAUCGUUCCUGCUGUCUACGGCGAAGCUUCAGGCUUACCCGGACAGCCAGGUUGGGCAUCUAUCGCAUUACUCGACGCUGGGGUUUCUCUCCGAGACCUCUGGGAGGCCGUAAUCGCUCUCUAUGAGACGUCUGACGACGACGAUAGGGAGUAUUAUGCUGAACAGGCUUCCGUUAUUGCGGAGAGGUGGAUGGAUAAAAAGAACGAGAUUCCCGCCGCCGAGGUGGAGCGUUUCGCGUCGGCGUAUGUCCUCCGGGCAAACGGUGCUUUAGACAAUGUCAGAAGAGAUAUCAGGGAUAGACUCGUCGCGGCCAAGCAGAUCGCCGUCACUUAUUAA